AUGUUCAAUCUGCGAAGUAAGCGAGUCACUCGCUUCCUCCACGUUUCCGUUCUCUGGUUCCUGUUCGCAGUCUUCGUCGCCACGGGCACCGGCACCUUCGCCGCAUCGUGGCAAGCCGAGUCCGGCAAAGAUAAACGUCUCGACAGUGGUUUCUACAACCUCCUCAGCCAGACCUUUCUCACGUUGCUCGCAAGUUGGUGCACCGUGCACCCUGUUCUGCACAACCACCUCACCAAGCGGCGUUCUCGCGUCCCGCUCCCUGCCCCUACCGUCGUGUUCAUCUUCUCCUUCAUCGCGACGUUCUGUGCGGCGAUGGCGGCGCCGGUUUUCUAUGCCAGGUUGAGUAAUCGUGCCUUGGCUGAGAAUCUCGGCAACACCUUGAACUUCGUCUCCAGUUUCUUUACGGUUGUGACUGCCAGCCAACUCGCCGGGGGAGUGAUGCGAAUCGAGGAUUAG